GUGGGAUAGGACACCACCACAGUGCCUCGUGCUGAGUGUCUGGAGGCGCCAUGACGGAGUAUAAGCUCGUGGUGGUGGGCGCUGGCGGCGUGGGGAAGAGUGCCCUGACCAUCCAGCUCAUCCAGAACCACUUCGUGGACGAGUACGACCCCACCAUCGAGGACUCCUACCGGAAGCAAGUGGUCAUCGAUGGGGAGACGUGUCUGCUGGACAUCCUGGACACGGCGGGCCAGGAGGAGUACAGCGCCAUGCGCGACCAGUACAUGCGCACCGGCGAGGGCUUCCUCUGCGUGUUCGCCAUCAACAACACCAAGUCCUUCGAGGACAUCCACCAGUACCGGGAGCAGAUCAAGCGGGUGAAGGACUCGGACGACGUGCCCAUGGUGCUGGUGGGGAACAAGUGUGACCUGGCUGCACGCACUGUGGAGUCUCGGCAGGCGCAGGACCUGGCCCGCAGCUACGGCACCCCUUACAUUGAGACCUCAGCCAAGACACGCCAGGGUGUGGAGGACGCCUUCUACACGCUGGUGCGUGAGAUCCGGCAGCACAAGCUACGCAAGCUGAGCCCGCCAGACGAGGGCGGCCCCGGCUGCAUGAGUUGCAAGUGCCUGCUCUCCUGAGUGCCCGUCUGUCCCCUGUGCCCGCCCCCACGGGAGCGGGCCUGGAGGUGCCGGAUGCUGGGGGGAGGGAAGGAAGGAAGUCCCGCCAGAGCCCGGCCAGCCCAGGGUCGGUGGACAGAGUGACCGCAGGCCUCCCAGGACGCUUUCACAGACUGUCAUGAACUGUUGCCACCGGUGCCCCAGCCGUCCCUCCUCCCUGCCCGUCCUGGCCCGUCGGGCGCAGGUUGAAUGCAGUAAAUUAUUUGAUGGUCUUGA